UAGUUAAAAAGGAGCAGUCAAGGGUGAUUGGGUGGACUUUUAAUCAUGAUGGGGUUAAAGCUGAAACAAUCAAACAAAACUCAGUGAUCGUCAUCACUGAUGGCCAAACAAUCUCAAAAGUCACCCUUUACGAGGAAUUUGUGGGAAGGGUAUCAGAGGGCGGGUCAUACAUGAUGAGAGGGUAUACUGUGCUGGGAAACACUGGCAGCAAAUUUAUAAAUGUUGCAAAAGGCACAGCCUUUUUUACAAGUUAUCGAUUGGAGGUCCCACCUCACCUCCAGCAUGCAGCAGAGGCACUAUUGAAUCCACCCUCCAUGGAAGUCAGCGCAGAGACCAACCUGGGCAGUGUCCCAGGAUUUCUAACUCUGAGCGGGAAAGUGGUUGAGCUGACAUCUGUCAAGAAGGUGGGAGCGGGCAGAUUCCCUGUUCCAAUGAUGUCAUUAACCAUUGAAAAGGACGGCCGUCACUUCCCGGUGACCCUUUGGAGGGAGGCUGCGACAUCUGACCUUGUGGGCAUUGGGUCAUCGGUGCAAGUCACACACCUUAAAGUAAAACAGGGUGGGACUGAGACCCUCCAGUCCACAAACUACACGGAGAUCAAAACACUGGACGACAUCACCGAGCUGGAGGACCAUGUCAUUGGGUGCUUGGAUCAGCAGGAUGAGGAGGAGCUUUUGAUUUUGUUUCAAAACGGCAAGGAAUUUUUGAUUGGGAAAGAAAAAUGGGCAUUAUAUAAGGAAAAAUUAUUAGAGAGGGUGGCACAAGUAAAAAUCACAGCAAAGGGGAGAAAAAUCAUGGAAAUUCAUAGCAUAGAGGAAUAGUUUUAAAAUAGUUAGU